ACGGCAGCUUUAUCAACUGUGAUAUGUGGCGUCACAUCAAAAACACCCAAAAUACGGAAAUUAUUUGAACAACUGCUGGGUAUUGGUGGCACAGUUGUCUAUUUAAGAAGCACGGCUGCGGGGUCGCCAGGAGUUUAGUUGAAGAUUGAAUGCGGAAGCAACAUGCGGUAUAUAUUUGUGACCUUUCUAUUGGCCAUUAUCCAGCUGUCCGCUGCAGUGCAGGUGCAAACCGAGCACACCAUUGUCGAGAAGUGGAGUUGGCGGGACAACAAGGGCAACGGAGAUUCCGGUGGCUAUCAGUACUCCACAACGCUGGACAAUGACGAAGAUCUGGACGGCGAUGAGGAUCAAGACGAAGAGGACGAGGAUGAUGCCGAGGAUCUGCUGGCCCAAGCCAACGCCGCCAGUCCAGACGAGGAUGAGGAGAGCUGCGAGUACAGCUGUCCGCGGUACUAUCGCCCCGUCUGCGCCCUCCGCAAUGGCCGGCAGGUGACCUUCUCCACGCCCUGUGAAUUCCAUAACCAAGUGCGGUGCGCCAGCGUCCUGAGGAGCCGGGGUCAGGGUGACACGGCGCCCGUCUUUCAGUACCACCACGAUGGUGCCUGCUAAAUUAAAAGAUUCAUUCAAUUAAGAA